AUGGGGCUAGGAAAAGAGUCGAGUGCCAGGGAGCUCUGGGAGAAAACAAGGCUGAAGAGCCUCCUGGGUGAGGAUGCCCUUGGCUUGGACGUGCAGCGCCAGCAAUUCAGACAGUUCUGCUACCAGGAGGCGGAGGGCCCCCGAGACGCAUGCAGCCGCCUCCACGAACUUUGCAACCGUUGGCUGAAGCCGGAGAGGCGCAGCAAGAAGGAGAUGCUGGACCUGGUGGUCCUGGAGCAGUUCCUGGCCGUCCUGCCCCCGGAGAUGGAGAGCUGGGUGAGGGAGUGCGGGCCGGAGACCAGUUCCCAGGCGGUGGCCCUGGCAGAAGGCUUCCUCCUCAGCCAGACAGAGAAGGAGAAAGAGCGGUUGCGUGGCCCAUUCAUGGAGAUGUUUGUUGAGUCAGAAAAGACUCCAUCCAAGACCUGCCAGAAUCCACAGUUCAGGGUCUUCAAGCAGAAGAAUCCAAUGUGGGACAGUUCACCAGGCUUUGGAACAACGCUUUCCGAAUCAUCUCUUUGUCCUGGCGUGGGAACAGCUGUUAUUCAGCCAGCUCAAACUGAGGAAGGUUUUCUGUCCUUUGAGGAGGUGGACGUGGACUUCACCAAGGAGGAGUGGGAGCUGCUGGAUCCGGGCCAGAGGGCCCUGGCCAUGGAAGUCAUGUUGGAGAAUUUUGGGAAUGUGGCCUCUCUCGGAGAACUUCUGACUCCCAGACCUGAUCUCUGCUCCUGCCAGGAAGAAGAAGACGACAAGAAGGUGUUUGCUCAGAGCUCUGUGGAAACAGAGAUAGAAGCAGUUGAAGAUGAUAAGGAGAUGGUGAAUGAGAAGGAAUCAGGAAGGAGAGCUGUGGAAAUGGACAACAGUCCACAGGUGGAAGCAAAAUCGGGGGAUCAAGUGGCACCAAAGACACAGUGCAGAAGGAAAAGGGAAGGAAAACAGAAGCAAAGGAAGGAAUCGGUGGCCUAUCAGAGCAAAAAUAAGUCCGAGGUCUCAGCCCAAGAUAAAACAGGGAAGAGAAAGAGAAGGCAUAAUGGUGCCAUGAAUCAGAAAGGGUUCAGCAUCAGCAGGAUGGAAUGUGUGGAAUGUGGGAAGUGCUUCCUUUGGAGUAGUACAAGUACUAGGCAUCAAAGGAUUCACACAGGGGAAAAGCCAAAUAAAUGCUUGGAGUGUGGAAAGUGUUUCUCUCAGAGUGCCCACCUAACUGCACAUCAAAAGAUUCAUACAGGGGAGAAGCCAUAUAAAUGCUUGGAGUGUGGAAAGUGCUUCUCUCGGAAUGGCUAUCUAAUAGCACAUCAAAAGAUUCAUACUGGGGAUAAACCAUAUACAUGCUUGGAGUGUGGAAAGUGCUUCUCUAGGAGUGAUAACCUAAUAGCACACCAAAAGGUUCAUACAGGGGAGAAGCCAUAUAAAUGCUUGGAGUGCGGAAAGUGCUUAUCUCGGAAUGGCUAUCUAAUAGCACAUCAAACAAUUCACACUGGGGAGAAGCCAAAUAAAUGCAUGGAAUGUGGAAAGUGUUUCUCUCAGAAUGCCCACCUAAAUGCACAUCUAAAGAUUCAUACUGGGGAAAAGCCAAAUAAAUGCUUGGAGUGUGGAAAAUGCUUCUCUCGGAGUGAUAACCUAAUAACACAUCAAAAGGUUCAUACAGGGGAGAAGCCAUAUAAAUGCUUGGAGUGUGGAAAGUGCUUCUCUCGGAAGGGUGCACUAAAAUCACAUCGAAAGAUUCAUACUGGGGAGAAGCCAUAUAAAUGCUUGGAGUGUGGAAAGUGCUUCUCUCGGAAUGACGCCCUAAAAGCACAUCAAAAUGUUCAUACUGUGGAGAAGCCAUAUAAAUGCUUGGAGUGUGGAAAGUGCUUCUCUCAGAAUGCCCACCUAACUGCACAUCAAAAGAUUCAUACAGGGGACAGGCCAUACAAAUGCUUGGAGUGUGGAAAGUGCUUCUCUCGGAAUCGCUAUCUAAUAGGACACCGAAAGAUUCAUACCGGGGAGAAGCCAAAUAAAUGCUUGGAGUGUGGAAAGUGCUUCUCUCGGAGUGCUAACCUAAUAGCACAUCAAAAGGUUCAUACAGGAGAGAAGCCAUAUAAAUGCGAAUGUGGAAAGAGCUUUACUAUGAGCUCAUCCCUAACAACACAUCGAAGACUUCACACAGGGGAGAAACCUUACCAGUGUUCAGAUUGUGGCAAGUGCUUUGGUGCCAAAUCGAGCCUCAAUGGGCAUCAGAGAAUCCACACAGGAGUGAAACCUUAUAAAUGCUUGGCGUGUGGAAAGAGCUUCAGACUGAAGAACUACCUUCUUAAGCAUCAAAGGGUCCACACAGGAGAGAAACCAUAUAAAUGUUUGGUGUGUGGAAUGAGCUUUAAGGAGAGCUCAUCCCUAACUCCCCAUGAAAGGACACACACAGGGGAGAAACCAUAUCAGUGUUCAGACUGUGGUAAGAACUUCUACGGUAUCUCAAGCCUGAAGAAACACGAGAGAAUACACACAGGAGUGAAACCAUACUCAUGCUUAGAGUGUGGGAAGAGCUUCAUAUGGAACAAACUGCUUAUUAAACAUCAAAGAGUCCACACAGGGGAGAAACCAUAUAAAUGUCCACUAUGUGGGAAGAGUUUCAAGGCUAGUUCAUCCUUAAAUCUGCAUCAAAGACUCCAUACAGGGGAGAAACCAUAUAAAUGCAUGGAAUGUGGAAAGGGCUUCCACCUGCACACAACCCUGACUUCUCAUCAAAUAAUCCACACAGGGGAAAAACCAUAUAAAUGCUCAGAUUGUGGGAAAGGCUUCAGUCACAGAGGAACCCUUACUUAUCAUCAGAGGAUCCACUCAGGAGAGAAGCCCUAUAAAUGCUCAGUGUGUGGAAAGGGCUUUGCCGUGAGCUCAUCUCUAAGUUCUCAUCAAAGGACCCACACGGGAGAGAAACCAUAUAAGUGUUUGGGGUGUGGAAAGCAAUACAGGUGGAGCACGAGCCUUUUAACACAUACUUGCCUUUAUAUGAGAGGAUACCACAUAAAUGCUCCGGAUGCAGAAAGAGAUUCAGUGGGUGGAGACCCCUUAAUUCUCAUUGAAGAACCCACAGAGGGGGAAAGCAACACAAAUUUCUGGCGAGUGGAAACUGCAGCCUGUGCUGGGUUGGAAGAUGUGACGCACCAGAACGGAGAGGAUAUCCUGAAGGGAGAAAAGCCCAGGAACAAGAAAAUGUCACCUGCUGAGGUGAAGUCGUGA